AUGUCUCAAUUUGAUGCGCAAAUCAAUCAGGUCCAGUACCCGUUAAAACGUAACCCGAACGAAAGAAAGCUCGUUGCAGAUAUGCCAGUGAUUCUCGGCGGCUUCUCCCCCGCGCCCGUGACGCCCGAAGCUCGCGCUGCCUUGGAUCGCGCUCUAGCAGGCUCCGAUCUAACUGUGACCAACAUUUUAUCCGUGCGCUCGCAGGUCGUGGCCGGCACCAACUACGAGUUCGAGGUGGAAGGGUCAAGUGCCUCCCACAACGAUGCCACCCGCUUCGUGGUGAAGGUGUUCGACCAGCCCUGGACCAACAGCACGCAUCUCAUGUCUGUCGUCGCAGCCCCAGCGCCACAGUGA